CUUCCUUCCUUCUCUAUAAAUAGUUUCCUCCGCCAUAUUCAGGAGUUCCCCUUCGUCUUCAGAACACUGCUCUGUCCCCCGCGAUCAUCGCUCGCAUUCAGAAAACUUCCUCAGCAUCUCUCGUUCUUUCUCUCUCGGCAUUUGCUCGGGUCGCAAGCGUCCAUGGAGUCCUGCAGCAAGUCCGCCCGCGAGUCGUCUUCCCCCUUCGACUCCCUCCUCUUCGACUUGGACGACACUCUGUACUCUUCCAAGACCGGGAUCGGCGAGUCUCUCAAGAAGAACAUCGACGAUUUCCUCGUCGAGAGAUGCGGGUUCCCGCUGGACAAGGCCUCGAGCCUCCGGGUCGAGCUCUUCAAAAAGUACGGCAGCUCCCUCGCCGGCUUACGUGCAUUAGGCUACGACGUCGACGCCGACGAUUACCACAGUGUCGUGCACGGAAGGUUGCCGUACCACUUGAUCAAGCCCGACCCGCAGCUGCGCAAUCUCUUACGCAGCACGGCUCAGAGGAAGAUCAUUUUCACGAAUUCGGACAGGACGCACGCCAUGAAGGCACUCAAGAGGCUGGGAGUAGAGGACUGCUUCGACCAGAUCGUGUGCUUCGAGACAAUGAACCCGAACCUGUCCGAGGCCGCCCGCCCCGAUGAGUUCCCUGUGGUCCUGAAGCCGUCGCCGGACGCCAUGCAGAUCGCCCUCCGCGAGACCCGAGUCGAUCCUCGUCGAACGCUGUUUCUCGACGACAAUGUACGGAACAUAGCUGCGGGCAAAGCUGUGGGACUUCGUACCGCUCUGGUUGGGAAAACCGUGAAAACCAAGGAAGCUGACUACGCGAUGGACACGGUCAACAACCUGCCGAAAGUCGUCCCGGAAGUCUGGGUCAACCCUGCCGACGGCGCCGGCGGCGACCAGAUCAUCAACACCGCCCGGAACAACGAGAUCGACUCCAUCCUCACUCCGGUCGGGGCGUGAGCCCCGUCCCCGGCGGCACGUCGCCCCGUCCCUCUCCCGCCGGCGCCUCGCCCUGUACAAAACCACCGCACGUUCCCUGGAAAUGUGAAUACGUCAUUGCUCAAUAAUGUGUACAGUUGGGUCAAUAAAUAAAUGUGCAAAAAAAAGCGGGAGUUAUCCUGUCCACGUCAGUAUAAAUAAUGCGAAACGCGAACGUCGCGACGGUGUCGUGAUGCUCGUGGCGUGGUGGUUGUGGGGACGAAGGGUUCGUGGUUUUCACUUUCAAAGUCCCACCGACCGAUUCGAGAAGUUUCGGAUUGACCUGUAAUUUCGCGUCUUUAAGCAGCAAAUUACAUUAAUCAAAUCGAAAGGAUUCUGCUUUC